UAAAAAAGUAGCCUACUAUUUUUUUUAUAGAAUGUUAUUGUAACCUGUAAUAUUGUCGACUGAGCAUGCGCAUUACAAAGCAUUUUUGAUUGUUGAUCCCCAUUUACCUUGUUAUGGAAGAAUGGAAGUUUUUUGGUGGUUAUCUUGUUCCUUGUUGUUGGUUCUGGUCUGUUCAGUGUAUUAUCUAAAAUGAAUUUAUGUUAAUUUAUUGAAUAAUUAAUAUUUUAAUUUGGAUGUAGCUCUUGAAUUAUUUCUAUCUUGAUAAAGCUACUUAGGUUUUCAUUUUCAAAGUGAUGGAAGAGAGUAGGAAAAGAAAACACCAUCGUCAUCACAAGAAGAGCAGCCACCAUGAUUCAGAUCACGAGAGACACCACAGAAAAAAGAAGAGAGAGGAAAGAGCGGCUGACGAGAAUGAGAUGCCUCGAAAGCGAUUAGGUGAUGAUUCAGAUGAGGAAUCGUUCAAUGAUAGAGAGCGACAUAGAGAGGAGAUUGAUGAUUCUGAUUUGAAAAAUGAAUCGACUGAAAGAGUAAAACAUAGAGAUGGUAGUAGGAAAAAACAUCGGAAAAGAGGUCAUGAUGAAUCAGAUACCAAAGGUGAAUACGAAGAGAGAAUUACGAAGUACGAAGAUGGUGAUGAUGAUGAUGAACAAUAUGUUAGAAGGAAAGGUGAUGACGAUGACAGGAGGAGGAGGAGAGAAAGGUAUGAUAAAGAUAGUGACAGGCAUAAAACUAGAAAAGGUUAUGAUUCUGAUUUUAAAGAGCCUUACCCAGAAAGAGAAAAAUACAGCGAGGAUAAAAAACGACACAGGAAAAAAAGAAAUUAUGAUGAAAACUCGUCUGAUAUAAAGGAGCCAUACCCAGAAAAUGAAAAGUACAGUGAGGAUAGAGAGCGACAUAGAAAAAGAAGAAAUUAUGAUGAGGAUUCCUACGGAAGAGGACGAGGCAUGUAUACAGAUGACAGUGAACGAUAUAGUGCUAGAAAGUGUGAUGAGUUUGAUAGUAAACAGUCUUCAAAGAAAAAUAACGUUGGUCCAAGAUAUUACAGUACUGGUGUGUCUGAAGAGAAACAAGACAGCACAAAGGAGAGCAAAGUUGAUAAGAGUGGGGAAAAUGAGAAGGAAGAUGAAACAAGUACACCCGCUGCUCCCGAUGUCAUCACCCCAGCACAGAAGAAGACAGUGGACCUCCUGACGUCACGCACUGGAGGUGCUUACAUUCCGCCCGCCAAACUGAGAUUGAUGCAAGCCAGCAUCACCGACAAAACAAGUGCUGCUUACCAACGUAUAGCGUGGGAGGCUUUGAAGAAGUCGAUCCACGGUCAAAUCAACAAAGUGACGACCGAAAACAUCGGCAUAAUUGUGAGAGAACUGCUGCGUGAGAACAUUGUCAGAGGCAGAGGUUUGCUGUGUCGGUCCAUAAUACAGGCACAGGCCGCUUCCCCAACCUUCACUAAUGUCUAUGCUGCACUUGUCUCAGUCAUUAAUUCAAAGUUUCCAAAUAUUGGGGAGUUGCUGUUGAGACGAUGCGUGAUACAAUUCAGACGUGGUUACAAACGAAAUGACAAACCAAUUUGCAUAUCUGCGGCUACGUUCGUUGCUCACCUUGUCAACCAGAGAGUGGCUCAUGAGAUCUUAGCUCUAGAAAUCCUAACCUUACUUGUUGAGACUCCAACAGAAGACUCCGUAGAAGUAGCAAUUGCUUUCCUAAAAGAGUGCGGUUCAAAACUGUUGGAAGUCAGUAACAAGGGAAUGCGCUCCAUUUUCGAAAUGCUUAGGAACAUUCUUCACGAAGGAAAACUAAGCAAAAAGGUGCAAUACAUGAUUGAAGUAAUGUUCCAAGUGUGGAAGGAUGAAUUCAAAGAUCACAAACCCGUCAUAGAAGAACUUGACCUGGUUGAAGAAAUGGAGCAGUUCACACAUCUGAUAACCUUGGACGAGGCCACUGAUGGCGAAGAUAUUCUCAAUGUGUUCAAGUACGACCCAGAGUACGAGACCAAUGAGGAGAAGUACAAGACAUUGCAGCGAGAAAUUCUGGGCGAAAGUGACUCGGGAAGCGACGAAGACGAAUCUGGAUCUGAUGAUGAUGAUGAUGAAGACGAUGACGAUUCAGAUGCCCCAGCUGGAGGAGAAGCGUCCAACAAGCAGACCAUCAUCGACAACACUGAAACGAAUCUGGUGGCCCUUCGCAAAACUAUUUACCUGACCAUCCACUCGAGUCUUGACUUUGAGGAGUGCGCGCACAAGCUGCUCAGGAUGCAGCUGAAGCCAGGCCAGGAAAUCGAAAUGUGUCACAUGUUUCUGGACUGCUGUGCCGAGCAAAGAACCUACGAGAAAUUCUUUGGCCUUCUGGCUGAGAGAUUCUGCCAGAUCAACAAAAUCUAUGUGGCGCCGUUCGAGCAGAUCUUCAAGGACAGUUACACGACGAUCCACCGCGUGGAGACCAACAAGCUGCGCAACGUUGCCAAGUUGUUUGCGCACCUGCUGCACACCGACGCCAUUUCGUGGGAGGUGCUCUCCAUCAUCCGGCUGAACGAGGAGGACACCACCAGCUCCAGUCGCAUCUUCAUCAAGAUCCUCUUCCUCGAACUGUCCGAGUUCAUGGGCAUGUUUAAUCUCAACCAACGUGUCAAGGAUCCAUCUCUUCAAACAGCUCUGGAAGGCCUCUUCCCACAUGAUAACCCUAAGAACACCAGAUUUGCUAUUAAUUUCUUCACAUCCAUUGGACUUGGAAGUUUAACAGAUGAACUGAGAGAGCAUCUGAAAGCUCAGCCAAAGCAGAGCUCAGUGCCACAGCUGAUUGAAGCCUUGUCGACUACAUCUUCGGAUUCGUCAUCAUCAUCAUCUGACGAUUCUUCGUCUGACGACUCCUCAUCCUCUUCAUCUUCUGAGUCCGAAGACAGCGGUCAAGAAAGGAAGAAGAAAAAGAAGAAACCGGCGUCCAAAGUGAAGUCAAGAGAGAAAGAAAAUGGCAGAAAGUCUGAGAAGAGCCGGAGUGCAAAAUCUGUUCAAAAGAGAAAUUCUGACUCUGAAGAGUCCGAUCACCACAGAUCGAAAAAGAAUGCUGACAAAAAGAAAUCAAUAUCCAAGGAUAAGUCUAGGAGUCAAAGCAGGCAAUCUUCAAAGGACUAUAGUAGUUCGAAACAUAAUCCAAAAAAGUCUAGAAAUAAACGAUAACUUAUUGUGAAAUUUUUCCACUAUAUUUUAACUAGCAUAGGAAAUCUGUUGUAAUUGUAAUGUAUGAAUCAUUGAAUGAAUUACAAAUUUCAAUUGGUUUUA